UCCAGCAGCAAACAAGCUUUUUUCUCUGAUUUUACAAAGACAAGGCAACAGUGGGCUGAUUAGGUCGUUAGAGAUUAGUUCAGACUGCAGAAAAUAGAAAACCUGCAAUCACCAACUCAUUUUACAUAGAUCAUAUCAAUACUUUCUUCUAGUGCUGCAGACCUAAAUAAUCUGCAAAAUGCAAGCUGUUCGUCAGUGUUCAGUGUGUGCCAGCCGUGCGGCUAGAGGAUUUCUGCAAAAUCAGACAGACAUUUCACUGCUGCGGACCAGCAAGAGCGUCCUGAGGAGAGGAGCAGCCUGCAUCCGUGUCCUAAGCAGUUCUGAGGGUGUCGUAUUCAGCAGCAGGAAAGCUGGAGUCCAGAAUUCAGGGGAAUGGACAAACACUGCACACAUGAGCAUAGCACCUUUAAGUGUUGCCCGUGGGCUCUGUGCUGUCCCUUUUACACAGCAAGUGGAAAACCUCUCCCAUGACUCCCUGAUCAGAAGAGCAGCCUCAGUGGUUACAGACAGUUCAAGUACUUUCCUUUCCCAGACCACCUUGGCUCUCAUAGAUGCCCUUAUGGAUUAUUCAAAGGCUGUGCACACACGCAUUGCUCUCCAAAAACGCUAUUUGGCCUCAGUGGGAAAACUGACCCCAGCAGAGGAGGAUUUGCUCCAGCAGGCGAUCAAAGGCCAGCGUGCAGAGGUUAGCGAGAGACUAAAUGAAUGCAAACGUUUUGAGUCAUCCUGGAUCAGUGCUGUCAACUUGUGUAAACUGGUGGCUGAGGCAGCAUACACUUCAGGAGCCGAGCAUGCGUCCAUCACGGUGAGGACAAACAUACAAGUGGCCCAGUUGCAGGUGGAGGAGGCACAGAAAAUGUCAGUGGACGCAGAUAAGAAGCUGGCUGAGACUAAAGUAGAAGAGAUUCAAAGGAUGGCUGAAUAUGCCGCCUCUUUAGAGGAUAGUGAGGAGCAUGAGGUGCACGAAGCUUAUCUACGAGAGGAUUAAGAGAAAUAGACAGAUGUUGGACAAAAGAAAAAAAUAAUGCCACAGUGCUGUUCAGUUCAUAUUGAUACAGAUUCAACUUGAGCUGUCUACGUGUUAUUUCCCUAUUUUGUUGCUCUUUCAUUUUGAGCCUUAAAGAUGUUCACGUUUGCAUUUAGACCAAGAAAGUGACAUUUUGAAAAGGGAAAAAAAUAAAUUGCUAACAAGUCAUUUUUUACUAUUUCAUGAAUCAUAAGUUUUAGACCAUAUGUUUCAUUUGUGAAUGUGAGCUGGUUUUAGAGCUUUUGGAAAAUGAUUAUCAAAUCUUCAGUAUCUAUUGUGUGGCAGUCGGGUUUAUCUAACAU